CUUCGACCAUCUACCGUUUUUUCUUACUGUUUUUGUCGUUUUCUUUUUUGGACUAAUCACAUUCGUUGAUCGAAUUUUUUUGAAGAAUGGCUCACAACGCGCCGGCCGCGCCCUCAACCAGCGAGGGAGUAUCCAAGGGCAAUUCAAGAUUAUCCAUAUUCGCACUGAACGAAAACAAUACCGCUUCUAAACAAUGGAAACCACCAGCGCUUCGAACUCCAGUCCUUGUUAUCGCCAUCCUCAUAUGCUGGUCAUUAAUUGCCGUGCUUCAAAUAUUUCUCACAAAGAGUUUGCGAGAUGGAGGUAUCAUAUUUGCACCAAGGGUCAGCGACCUACCCUUAAGCCAAUCAUUUGUAUAUCUGUACUUCCCCACUAUCGUGGCCGUGCUGUUUAGCAUUUACUGGGCAUGGAUCGAUUUGGAGACAAAAAGGAUGGAGCCAUUUUAUCAGCUGAGUAAAGAGAAUGGGGCUCUGGGGCGAGACUCUCUUCUAUUACAAUAUCCUUUCGACUUUCUCCCUCUCGUUCCGAUCAAAGCGCUCAGAGAUCGGCACUGGCCUGUGUUCUGGGCAUCUUUCGCUGUCCUCCUUGUUACUUGGGGCAUAGUCCCUACGCAGGCUGGUAUAUUCUCUACGAAAAUAAUCACACGGACCACUACCUUGCCUUUCGCUCGCUCGACAUCAUUUGUUCCUGCUAGCAAACAAACCUCCACCUUGCCACUUACGUAUGCGCAAUCAACUUAUGCCAUUGCGACCCUAAAUGAAACACUUACUCAGUACAUGGCCCGUAACUACACACUCGCACCAUUCCAACCUGCCUCAAAGGGGUUGAAUGAUAUGCCAUCUUAUGGAAACUGGACCGCGCCAACAACUAUGUAUAGCGUACAGUUGUAUUGUCAGGUAGCAAGUCAAGGCUCAAGCUUAUACGGUGGUUUUUACGCCAAUAGCACUAAUGGCUGUGCUUUCAGCAUGGCCCUUACCGGGAAUCUGACGAAAGGUGCCAACAACGCAAAUGACCCGGAAGUUCUUGAGAAUAAAGAAUAUACCGCUAUGUAUGUUGGUUAUUGGAACACCCUGGGCUUUGCAGACUACUCGUUGGAUUACGCUUGUCCGGCUGAGAGUAAUCACACUUUCUACGCAGCGUUCCAGCGUAACAAGGCCAGAGUCGAAGACCCACCUAACAACGUCACAGCCAUAUUCUGCUGGCCCACAUACUACCAGCAGCGCGUCAACGCGACGGUCAGUGCGGUUGGCCUAAAUGUCCUGGAUGUUAACCCUGUCGGCGAAAAGCAGCCGCUCCAAGACGGUUUGUUCAACACGACUUGGUUCGAGUCACUUAUGAGUAGUGGCUCACUCUCAAGCGAAGUUAGGGGCGACGUGUUACCGAGCAAAGCUACUCCGAAGUACUUAGAGACUAUUGCGGGGACCAAUUUGAGCUUGAGCACUGGCCCUCAGGGCGGUGGUAUUGUCCAACCUAUGGUCGGCAUGGCGGUCGCUGUUGGUAACCGGCCAUUGGCCGAUUACCUUGACUGGCAGGUGCUCAGUAAGUCAUAUGCGGAUGCCUACAGACUGAUGUUCGCUCGUGCGAUGCGAGAAAUCUUGGACGAGAACUAUGCCACGGUCGAAAACGUUACCGGCCAGGUCCAAGCCACGACCGAAGCAGUUGUUCUCGAACCUCUCUUCGUUUAUAUUGUUGAAGGUCUUUUGGGGGUUGUGUCGCUCGCCAUUAUGGCACUUAUAUAUCUCUCACUAACAAGAACCAAGAACCUGCGUUCUAGCCCAAGCACUAUCGCCAGUAUCAUGGGCCUGGUUGCUGACAACCAACCACUGCUAUCUGAUUUUCAGGACUUGGAUUGUUGUACGACGGAUGGAAUGAAAGCUGUUCUAAGUCACAAAAGAUAUAAGCUUGUCGAUGACGGCUCAAGAACUGGCAUCAUCGAGUUAGAUCAAGCACCCGACAGUGAUAAUGAGUCCCAGGUGCCAACGAUUCUGAGCCAGCGUCGAGACACUCUUUCCGAUAUUGCGAAGCCCGUGAGACCUGUGGAGUUCAGCUUAUGGGUGGCAUUCCCCGUUGUAAGUCUGUUCAUUGGGCUGGCUGUGCUUCUUGUCACGGUGUUUGUCAAGGCUCGGUUACAGGGACUCCCGCUUCCUUCUUCAAGUUCAAUUGUGGAAAACAUUAUCGAAAACUACAUUCCGACGGUCAUAGCCACGCUUAUCGAGCCCAUUUGGGUAUUGAUUAACCGUCUGCUCUGUAUGCUGCAGCCCAUUGAGGAGCUCCGGGAUUGCAAUGCACGAGCUAAGAAGUCAAUCGAUUGUGACUAUAGCUCUCUUCCUCCGCAGCUAGUCUUGUUUAAAGCACUGCGGUCGAGACAUUUUGUCCUCGCUGCCGUGUGUACCAUGGCCUUAUUCGCAAACCUGCUCGCAGUUGCCUUUGCAGGUCUGUUCCAACAAGAAACGAUUGAUAUGCGAUACGCCACAGAGCUAUAUCUACCUUACCAGCUAAAGUUCGUCUCAAUUAAUGGGGAUGUUGGACCAAUAGCAGGCUCGGAUUUCGGUUCCACUGAGUCUUCCGGUGCCUACCAGGGUGGUACUGGAGAAGAUCAGUUCCUAAUUGCGGAGUCUAACUACACCCAAGGAACGCCACUGCCAGCAUGGACCGAUGACAAGAUGUUCUACAUGCCAUUUUUCACAGAGGGAACCAAUGCUACAAAUGGCAGUAACGUUGAGGCACAAACUCAGGCCUUUGGUGCAGAACUGGACUGCAUUGAAUUAGAUGUAGGCACGAACUUCGAAGCCGCUUUGUUCGUUGAAGAUGGUGGGGCACUCCCUAGUUUACGCCCAUCCAUCAAUAUCACCAUCUCUAAGGAUUCGAAAAACGUUCGAUGCACCAAUCAUGCGUUUUUGGAGUUGCGCCAAGGCCCAAUCCGGGAGACAGCAACAUGUGUAACAGGUCCGAGUGCAGCAGAACUCACUAUUUCCUUAGAGCCCCGAACGAAUGCAACACAGGAAGAACGAGAAGCAUGCAUGGAAUCUUUCGUUCUAGGCUGGAUUCGUGAUCCUCAACGCUCGUGCCCAGGAGACAAAGAUAUGAAAUUUGACAAGCAGAACUCAAUAUGGAUCCAAUGCCGGCCACGUUGGAUUACAGGAAAUUCAACUAUCCUUGUCAAUGAUGAUGGACGAUUGCAACGAAAAGCAGAAAAUUCCGUGUUGGAUGACAAGACGAAGGAGAACAUAUCACACGUAUUCAGCAAUGACCCCGUCAACUUGGCCGGUCAGUCAAAUCGAUACAUGUUCAAAGGAGACAGUCCGGGCUGGCACAACGACAGUUUUGCCGAUGAUUUCAUGAACUAUUUCAUCAUCCGCAGUGGAAAUAACAGUCUCGAAAGCAAUCGCUUAGUCAACCCAAAGCAAGGCGUGCCAACAUUCGGCGAAAUCAUAGAUCCACUGAAUAAAGCGUAUUCAAACCUGUUUGCCAUAUGGUUGGGUACGAACAAAAACAAGCUGUUCGUAGCCUACGACAAGGAGAAAUCGCCCGUGGAGAAAAGUUGGCGCAUCGAGUCAGAACGACGCCUAUUUGUCUCAACGCCUAUGUUCGCCAUCUCCGAGGGCAUCCUCUGCAUCUACGCAAUCGUCGCUAUCAUAGUGUAUAUGCGGCGACCGGGCCAAUAUCUGCCGCGGCUUCCGACCUCGAUAGCAUCUAUCAUAGCAUUAUUCGCCGCCAGCACUGCUAUUCAAGAUAUGAGAGAUACCUCAUACCUCGACAAGAAAGGGCGUGCCCGACAUUUAGAGGAUCUGGAUUCGCGCUAUGGAUACGGAAGUUUUAUUGGUUGGGGAGAUGGGCGAGUUCAUAUUGGUGUUGAGAAAUCUCCCUUUGUUAGAGUUCGAUCGAAAACUACUUGGCUGGAAAAGCAGGUAUCUUCAUUUCGCAAGGGUUCCGCGGGAGGGGUUUAGUCGACGCGCUACUAAGUCUUUUGGGCCAUAGUCAAGUUAUCCGGCGACGACAGACCCGGCUUUUCUGUUGUAGAAGGAAGGUUUCAUCUCAUAGAAAGCGAUGGACGAAUGAAUACCAACUCUAGAAAGCAGACUAGUAUGCGAAGCACUGUGGCUUGAAUGAACAAGUGAUCGUAGGCGGCUCGGGAAAUGAAACCUGCCAUCACCGAAACUCCAACAAGAGGCGGCCAGUGAUAUGACAUGUGGAAUGCUUCUCGGCUUCAAGACAAAAGUGGAAAGGAAAUGAACAUUGUGAUGGUCUCCUUCAUGACUCAACCACUAUGUGGAAAGAAUAUAGAAGUCCAACACACGUGCUGGAAAUGAAGGUGGUUCUGAGAGUACAUGAAGAGGCUCGGAAGUGGAUGAGAUUAGAGGAGAGAAAACUAUGUUUUUAUGUCAUACCUUGCUCUGGGAUA